CGUUUUUCCAACUGCUGUCUCAUAACGAAGCGUACUCACAAAACAAUUGUGAUCGUAUAAUAAUUUCGUAAUUUUUUAUUUGUUUUUGUUGCAUAUUGUUCGAUUAAGUUUUUAAUUUAUCGUUAAUUAAUCGGAAAAGUCAAAGUCUAUGAAAAAAAAAUGUCGAAGAGUAGUCGUGAGGAUAAAGAAAACGCAUACGCUGCAGUAGUGGAACAAAAAAUGAUGUCACACGAAGCCUAUGGAUUGCCUUACGACUGGUCAAAAGAUGAUUUUGAACUGGGGUGUCCAUUAGGCAAGGGAAAGUUUGGCCGUGUGUAUGUUGCGCGUGAACGAAAAACACACUUUAUGGUGGCAAUGAAAAUCAUGUUUAAGUCAGAACUUACAAGUGGUCGAGUUGAAAAGCAAGUGUUGCGUGAAAUUGAAAUUCAAUCGCGUUUGAAGCACCCAAACAUUCUACGAUUGUACACAUGGUUCCACGACGAUCGUAAGAUUUACUUGGCCUUGGAGUUGGCUUCGGAGGGUGAGCUAUACAAACAUUUACAAAAUUCACCAAACGGACGUUUUUCAGAGGAACGAUCAGCCCGAUACACCUAUCAAGUGGCUGAUGCAUUGCACUAUUGUCAUUUAAGUAAUGUCAUUCAUCGGGAUUUAAAGCCGGAGAAUAUUAUGCUAACAGUUGGCGAUCAAAUUAAGUUAGCAGAUUUUGGAUGGUCAGCACAUACACAGUCAAAUAAACGCAAAACCAUGUGCGGAACACUUGAUUAUUUACCGCCAGAAAUGGUGGAAGGCCAUUCUUAUAACGAUACCGUGGAUCAAUGGUGUUUGGGAAUUUUGUGUUAUGAAUUUUUAGUGGGUAAACCACCAUUUGAAUCGCCGGACUCCGAAAAUACAUACGCGAAAAUUCGACGAUUGGAAAUCGAAUAUCCAAGCUAUUUGUCAAUCGGAGCCAAGGAUCUUAUUUCGAUGCUACUGCAAAAGAAUCACAGUGCCCGACCCAGUUUGCCAGAUGUGAUGGUACAUCCCUGGAUUAAGUCAUUUAAACGCUAAACCACUGAUCCGAAAUGCCAUGAAUUUUGUCAUUUUAAAUUAAAUUCAGUUCAUCUAAGCUAUUAUUAAGUUAGCCUAUUGCAUUACCUAUCGUAAUACCUUUAACACAUAAUUAAACAAAAAAAUAAUAAUAAUUUAAAAUCGUGAACUAUUCAAAUUGACGUUGAGUCAAUGACAAGCAACCGGUAUUUAAUUCCUGACUGUUUACAUUUGCUGUAUACAAUGCCAGAUGCAAAUUCAUUCUACAGCAGCCGUAGAUUAGACAGUACGAGUAACGAAUUGGAUUGAGUUAAGUUUUGUUGCGAUUAUUACAGUUUGUUUAUUACUACAUGUUUCAAUAAAUGAUAAAAUGAUGUUCAA